AUGCCUCUUCAAGAUGUUAUAGUUAUUUGGCUCGAUGGUACAUUUAAAGGCGGUAAUUAUCGAUCAAUGAGAAAUGAAUUCGAUGAAAAUAUUACUGGUUCAGCGCCGUCAUCGCCAUGUUCUGAUGAAAUUGAUGAUUUAAUUUGUAAUCAAACAAAACAAGAUCUAAUAAUAAAUGGAGUAUUAGUAUUCACUGUUAAAACAGUAGAAGAAGCAAUUGAAACAAUUGAAAUUUAUUCACAAGCAAGAGUAUUAUUCAUUUCAUCGGGUUCGCUAGGUAAAGAUAUUGUGCCAAAAAUAGUAGGUCGAUAUCCUCUGAUUCAUUCAUUUUAUAUAUUUUGUUUUAAAAUGUUUCUUCAUACUGAUUGGGCAUCAGAGUAUAUUGAUUGUCUCCAAAUGUUCGACCAUCCAAUUGAUUUACUUGUUCGUCUUAUGCGUGAUAUUUCGCUUUACUUUAUUGAACAAGGAAAAAUACAAUUGGAAUUUGAUGAGCCCGGAAACGCAUUAACAUAUUUUAAAUAUGCCUGGAAUCUUGAAACAAGAGCAAAUACAAGAGAUAAAGUUCCACCAAAUACUAAAAAUCAAGAAGGAUUUAUUAUGCAAUCAGAUUACCGUGCUAGUCUCAAUUUAUUGGAAGGUGACGACGGGCUCAUUCGUCAAGCUGAAAAAAGGCUUUAG